GGAUGGACUUUGGUCCCCAGAAUCCCGAGUGGGCCGACGUCCAGCGCGUGCCGCAGGACGAUGGCCCGAACCCCGCGGUCCCGAUCAACUACUCUACCUACUACCGCGACGUCAUGGACCUCUUCCGCGCCGUGCUGCUCUCGGACGAGCUCAGCGAGCGCACGCUGACGCUGACCGAGGCCGUGAUCGAGUGCAACGCGGCCAACUACACGGCGUGGCACUUUCGGCGCAAGGUGCUCAAGGCGCUGAACGCCGACUUGGCCGACGAGCUCGACUUUUGCAUGGACAAGGCGCUCGACAACCCCAAGAACUACCAGAUUUGGCACCACCGCCGCGAGAUCGUCGACCGGCUCAACGACGCCAAGCGGGAGCUGCCGUUCAUCGCCGAAGCGCUCUCGGACGACAGCAAGAACUACCAUUGCUGGUCGUACCGCCAAUGGGUCGUGCAGCGCUUUGGCCUCUGGGACGGCGAACUCGCCUUCGUCGACGAGAUGCUCGCCCAAGACAUGCGCAACAACUCGGCGUGGAACCACCGGUGGUUUGUCCGGAACCACACGCCGCCGAGCGCGAUCGUGCGCGCGCAAGAGAUCGAAGUUGCGUUCGCGUACAUUGAGAAGGCGCCGCACAACGAAAGCGCGUGGAACUAUCUCCGCGGCUGGAUCGCGCACCAGGACUUUGUCGAGCUCCCGACCAUCGAAGCGAGAUGCGCCGCCAUUUACGCGGCGCACCCGACCUGCACGUUUGCGGCCAACGUCCUCGUCGACAUUUUGUCGCAAGAGCCGACGCCGGCCAACGUGGCGGCGGCGACCGAGAUCUUGGAGAAGCUCAUGGUGGUCGACCCGGUCCGUGCGGUGUACUGGAGCUACCUCCAGAAGGGCCUCCAUGCGUAGUUGGACGAUGUAGCAAUACAUAAUCUCAAGAGGACAAAGAGGACAGAUUGUGUAUCGUUUGGAGCAUUACAUGCCCGGCGGAAAGUUGCUGACGGUCGCCAUGUCUUCGAUCUUGGUGC